AUGGCCACUGGCCCGACAGAGACGUCAACCGCCAUCUCGUUGACGGACAAGGAGCGCCAGCUCAAGGAGCUCCUGCUCGAUGUCGCCCGGUCUAUCAGGGACAGCAACCACAGCCUGCAGCAGAAUGGCUCAUCGGAAACACCAGCAACAACUGCUGAGCCGGUCGUCCUGCGGUGGGCAGGCGGCUGGGUGCGGGACAAGCUGCUGGGCACCGAAUCUGUCGACAUUGACACGGCCAUCAACACGAUGACGGGCGAGGCGUUUGCCCUGAAGCUAUGCGAGCUGUGCCAGGACCCGGCCGUCAUUGCGCGGCACGCCAUCUCGCAGUCCGACAUUGGCAACCUGCACAAGAUUGCCCGCAACCCGGACAAGUCGAAGCACCUGGAGACGACGACGAUCAAGCUCUUUGGGCUCGACGUCGACUUUGUCAACCUGCGCCGCGAGACGUACACCGACGACAGCCGCAACCCGCAGGUGGAGUUUGGCACCGCCGAGGAGGACGCCCUGCGGCGCGACGCCACCGUCAACGCCCUCUUCUACAACCUCAGCACGGGCGAGGUCGAGGACUUCACCACCGGCCUGCAGGACAUGCGGAGGAGGCUCAUACGCACGCCGCUCGAGCCGUUCCAGACUUUCACGGAUGACCCGCUGCGGGUGCUGCGGCUCGUCAGGUUUGCCAGCAGGCUGCAGUUCAGCAUCGAUCCUGCGGUCGAAAAGGUCAUGGGCGAUGACCGGGUCCUUGAGGCUCUCCGGGUCAAGAUCAGCAGGGAGCGGGUCGGCGUCGAGAUUGAGAAGAUGCUGAAAGGCAAACACCCCCGAGAAGCCCUCGAGUAUAUUGAGCGCCUCGCUCUCUACCACGCCAUCUUCACCGACCUGACGUCCCCCACCACAACAGCAGCAGCAGCAGCAGCAGAUAGCUCGAAACCAGACAUCAGCAAGUGGAGCGUCGCAUACAACCUCUUCGCCAAGCUUGCGGCUCGCAAGACACCGGGGUCCGUCUACGACGUGCUCGUCCGCCACGACGAGGCCGCCUACUACGCGUGGACGCUGACCGCGCUGGUCCCCUGGGAACCCCUCUCUGCCGCUUCUUCCGCGAGGCCGCACAAGGGGCCCGGCAAAGUCCCGCCGCCACCGGUCACCCUCGCGGCGCGGGAGGGCAUCAAGACGCCGACGAGGUUCUGCGACCUGGUGACCGCCGCCCACAACAACCGCGCCGAGAUCCUGGCGCUAAAGCAGGACGUCGUGAUGCGGCGGGAGCCGCGCGUCGGCGAGCGGGACACGUUCGGCAUGGCGAUCCGCCGCUGGGACGCGAGGGGCGGGCACUGGCGGCUGCAGGUGCUGUACGCGCUGCUCGUCGAGGCAAUGGAGGUGCUGCCUGCCACGACAGCGACGACAGCAACGAGUACCGGGAAAGACGGAAAACAAGAAGGAGAAGAAAAGGAAGACGAAGAAGCCUUCCUCGCGCAAUGGCAGCGCUUUCUGGACCACCUGCACGACCUGGACGUCCUCGAGGCGCCCUCCCUGAAGCGGCUCAUCGACGGCACGCAGCUUGCCAAAGCGCUGGGCGUGAAACCAGGGAAGUGGAUGACGGCCGCGCUGGACGUGUGUGUCGCGUGGCAGCUGCGGCACCCGGACGCCACGGAUCCUCAGGGCGCGGUGGACGAGGUCGAGGGCAAGAGAGCCGAGUUGGGUGUCCCCGAUAGGAAAUAG